AUGGUGGUGACGCAGCAGAUCCAGGAGGGGAAGUACACCGAGACGGUGUACAGGUGGAUCGCGGACGGGCGAUACCAGGAGGCUAUUGAGCUGCUGGGCAUCCAGCUGCAGAUGUCCCCGGGCAGCCAGGCGGCCCUCUCCCUGCUGGGCUACUGCUUCUUCCAGGUAGAGGACUACGAGAACGCGACGGCGAUGUACGAGCAGCUCGCGGAGAAGUUCCCGCACCAGGCCAAGUACAAGAUGUACCACGCGCUCUCCCUCGCCAAGACGGGCCACCAGAACGAGGCCCUGCGCGGCUCGAAAGAGGUAGAAGGUAUGGAGUCGGACAAGGCCCUGUUGGGUUUCUACGUGGCGUACAACCAGGACGACUUCAAGGCCGCGCGCAAGAUGCUCACGGAGUUCUCCGAGGACGAUGCUGCGCGCCUCAUCAACGAGGGCUGCAUCCUGUACAAGGAGGAGAAGUAUGAGGACGCGAAGGCGAAGUUCGCGGCGGCGAUGCAGGCGGUGGGCGAGAGGCCCUUUUUGCUGCACAACAUCGCGCUGUGCCACUACAAGACGGGCGCGUACGGCCCCGCGCUGCAGUUCGUGGCGGAGAUCAUCGAGCGCGGCGUGCGCGAGCACCCGGAGCUCGGCGUGGGCUCGCACGUCGACGAGGCCGGCGCGAUGUCCGUGGGCAACUCGCAGGCGCUGCGCGAGACGGCGCUCGUCGAGGCGUUCAACCUGAAGGCCGCCAUCGAGUACGACAACAAGCAGAACGAGAACGCGGUCGAGGCGCUGCAGGACAUGCCGCCGCGGGACGAGUCGGAGCUGGACCCGGUGACGCUGCACAACCACGCGCUGAUCCACUUCGACGACAACCCCGCGGAGAGCUUCCGCAAGCUCAACCACCUGCUGCAGAACCCGCCGUACCCGCCCGAGGCGUUCGCGAACCUGCUGCUGCUGUACUGCAACCCGCGCAUGGAGAUGUACGAGUGGGCCGCGGACGUCCUGGCCGGGAACGAGGACCUCGUUCAGAGCAACCUCGCCAAGACCCCCGACCUGUACGACUUCCUGAACGCGCUGAUCGCGCGGCAGAGCUCGCCCGAGGAGGGCUACGACAAGCUCGAUGCGCUGCGGGACAAGUACGUCAAGGAGCUGCGCGGCCUGAUCAAAACGAUCCAGGACAGCCGGCAGCGGGGGGACCAGGCGGCAAUCAAGAGGGGCAUCUCGCGGUACGACCACGUGCUGGAACAGUACAUCCCCGUGCUCAUGGGGAUGGCGCACGUGUACUGGGACAUCGGGAACUACGCCGAGGUGGACAAGUGCCUGCAGCAGUCCGCGGAGUUCUGUUCGGAGCACGAGGUGUGGAAGCUGAACGCGGCGCACGUGUGUUUCAUGAAGGAGGAGUGGAAGGAGGCGAUCAAGUUCUACGAGCCCAUCGUGCGGCGCGAGGAGGACACUUUGCGCGUGCCGGCCAUCGUGCUGGGCAACCUGUGCGUGGCCUACAUCAUGACGUCGCAGAACGAGCACGCCGAGGAGCUCAUGAAGCGCAUCGAGCGCGACGAGGAGCGCAUCGCCUUCGCCGAGCCCAAGAAGCGCACCUUCCACCACUGCAUCGUCAACAUGGUCAUCGGCACGCUCUACUGCGCGAAGGGCAACUUCGAGUUCGGCAUCGCGCGCGUGAUCAAGUCGCUCGACCCGCUCGAGAAGCGCCUGAGCACCGACACGUGGAUGUACGCCAAGCAGUGCCUCGUGGCCAUGGCGGACAACUUGGCGAAGCACAUGAUCGUGCUCAAGGACGAGGUGGUCGAGGAGACGAUGCGGUUCCUCGACGAGGCGGAGAAGGCCGGGCGCGGGAUCGCGACGGACUUCGGGACGGACCCCGACGAGCAGCGGUCCGUGGCCACCGAGGCGCGCAUUCUCAAACACGUGCUGUUGAAGCUCCAGGACUGA